AUGAAGCACUUCAGCAAGUGCUUCGUUUGCAGCGACGGCUGCGAGGUGCCAAAGCGAGGUCGGGCGAAGGUGGAGGUGAACCAGGAGCUCGCCACGGAGAUCUUCUGCUCGACUUGCCCGCAGACGUACCACCGUCGCUGCCUUCCUCCUCAUGCGCGAGAGCUGAAGAAGAACUGGGUCUGCACGUGGCACUACUGCAGCCAGUGCCGCCGAGGGGCCUCGGAUGUGGGCGGCAUGCUCAUCCACUGCCUGGAGUGCCCCUCUGCGUUGUGCUACGACUGCUUCCCGCCGAACUUCCGGCGGGUCUAUCCGCCAGAGAGGUUCUGGACGGAGAUGAAAAAUCGCGGCUGGAACACUUCGCCGCAGAAGAUGAUCUUCUUCAAGUGCAACAGCUGCCGCACCCUUGAGGAGCAGCAGAACAGAUUGCGCAUGAGAGAGGAAGAGCUGGCGGUCCAGCAGGAUGCCAAGAAGCGGGCUGCGCUGGAGGAGAAGAGGAAUUUGGAGACCACGAAGAAGCGGCAAGCUGAGGAGGAGGCAAGAAGGCGUAUGAAGACUUUCUUGCUGGAGCAUGAGAGGCAGCAGCUAUCUCAAGAGCUUGUCAAGUGGAGAACUCGCGUAGAACACGCCGCGGAGUCCCUGUGGCCAAAGAUCUUCCGUGGCAAGUGGAUCUACAGAGUCAACCUCUCCCAGCAGAGUGUGCAGGAUAUUGGCCAGGCCUUGGUCGGCAAGAAGGCGGCGGCGCCGUCGGUGGAGUCCCUAAAGCUGCCGAUCGAGACCUGUUCCAACUGCCAUUUCCCUGGGCACAAGAUCAAGCAGUGCCCUCUGCCCGCGGAGAAGUCGACGGAGAGGUCGAAGGAGGAAGGCAAGGACAAGACCAGCUACAAGCGUGUUUGCCCCAUUUGCGGGAAUACCUCGCAUCCACGCAUUUGCUGCCCGAAGAUGUCGCCGGAGCAGAGGGCAGAAUACAUGGAGCGCUGCAAAGACUUCAAGCUGCUCCAAGACGCUUUCGAGGAGGCGUCCGCGGUGCCCGAGCCGCCGAAGGCAAAGGACUUCAAGGACUCCACGCCGGCGCACGCCUUAGUGGAGGCCUUCAAGCUCACUGAGGCAAACCCUUUCCCCCUUUUUUACGGCACCACCCACCUGGAGUGGUUCACCCGGGCCUUGAGCUACGAGCAGCGAGCCAAGGCCCGCACGCGGCAGCUGCUGCAGCUGCGGCGGCUCCGCGCCUGGGAGGCGGCGCUGGCAGGCUUGUUCGACCACCCGCCGAGUCUGAUUCACUGCAACGUGGUGCUCAGCACCCUCGCGGAUCAGGGCAGAUGGCAGCAGGCGCUGCAGCUCUUCAGCACCCUUCACCAGGUGAGCGCGGUGACCUUCAACGCCUGCAUCGCCGCGUGCGCCAAAGCGGCGCGGUGGGUUCAGGCGCUGGCCAUCCUCGAGGAGAUGCAGCAGCGCCGCGUGCGACAAGACACCAUAGCUUUCAACACCACCAUCACCUCCAUGGCAAAGGGAUUUCGCUGGGAUGCAGCCACCGAGCUGCUGGAAAAGAUGCAGAAGGCCACAGUGGUCACGGACGUUGUCACCUACAACGCCGUCAUGAAUGCAUAUCAGCAAGGCGCCUGCUGGCAGCAGGCGCACGCCCUUUUGGACACCAUGCAUGACAAGCUGCUGCCAGCAGACGCUGUGACCUGGAGCACGGCCAUCAGCGCUGCUGCGCGGGGGCUUUGGCAGCUGGCGCUACAGCUGCUCUCACAGGCACCGCCUCGGGUGUUGAACGGCCACAGUUACAACGCCUGUAUCAGUGCCUGCGAGCGCGGUUUCCAGUGGCAAGCUGCUUUGGGACUAUUGCAGGAGAUGGUUUCGGUGCAUUUGCAGCCAGAUGUGGUCAGCUUCAACGCAGCAGUGAGCGCAUGUGACACGGGCCAACAAUGGCAGCUGGCGCUGCGAGUUUAUGACCACAUGGAGCAGGCCCGGCUUCAGCACGACCAGGUCAGUCACAACAGCGCCAUUAGCGCUCUCGCCACCGGUGCUCAGUGGCAGGUGGCGCUGCUCUUCUUGGAGGGUGAUGCGAACCUCAUCUCCUUCAACUCAGCCAUGGCUGCCUGUCAUCGUGCCUCAGAGUGGCAGAGCGCAGCAGCGCUGCUGCAGGCGCUGCAUCGUCGAACAAUGCAGCCGGACAGCCUCUCAUACAAUGUGGUCAUCAGUGCCUGCCACAAGCUGAGCCGCUGGCAGUCCGCGUUACAGCUGCUGGCUGUGCUGCGCCGGCAGCGGCUGACUUCGGAGCACAGCUGCGGGUCCGCCAUCAGCGCCUGCGAGAGCUGCAACCAGUGGGAGACAGCGCUGCAGCUGUUGCAGGACAUGCAGGAGGAGUCAGUCCGUGCCAGCACUAUUGCGUUCAAUGCCGGCAUCAGCGCAUGCGGUAAGGGAGCGCAAUGGCAGCUGGCAUUGUGCCUGCUGGGCCGAAUGAAGCAGGAGAUGCUGACUCCUGAUUUGGUCUCCCAAAAUGCGCUGCUCGCCUGUUUGGCCUCGGCGGCAUGCUGGGAGGCAGCGCUUGCACGGCUGGAGGAGAUGGAGCCGGAUGUCAUCAGUUUCCGCAGCUGCUUGGAGGCAUUGAGCGCCGCUCUGCAGUGGCGCAGCUCGUUGCAGCUGCUUGCUCACAUGCGGUCCACACGAUCUAGCAGCGCUGUGGCCCUGCAGGCAGCCAUGGACAUUUGCAGGAGUGCUGGGCAUUGGGCACCGUUGCAGCUUCCUGCGCGGCCGCGCCACUGCCUGCAGCUGAAGGACUUGCUGACGCAAUGCGAGCUGCUGAGCUCUUUGAGCACAGCUAAGACGGAGCGCUGGGAUGCGGGGCCCAGCCAUCCUGUGACUCCCCAGGACGAUCUGCAGCUGCAGUCGCUGGUCCGCUUUGCUUUGGGACAAGCCAAGAUCCGAGAGCAGGUGAGGGAAGUGAUGCGCAGGGUGGGGCUGGAACGCCUAGUGGUGUUCAGCGCAGCGGAGGAAGCCGCCGAGGCCAAAGCUGCCGCGGAAAAGGCGAAGGCCGCUGAGAAAGCGGAGAAAGCUGCACAGGCGGCUGCCAAGAAGGCGGAGGCCCGUGCUGCGGCUAAAAAGGCCGCCGAAGAAAAAGCUGCGGCAAAGGCUGCCGCAAAGAAGGAGGCUAAAGAUGCUAAAGACAAGCGCAGGUGUGAAGAGGAGGAGGAGUCGAAGCAGAAGGCCGAGAGCGCCAAGAAAAGAAAAGCGGACGCGGCGCCCGCCGGCAACAAGCAACCCAAGAGGAACGCAGAGGUUGUGCGCUACAUCACUGACGGUCCUGCCAAGGGUUGGAUGGUCAAAGGCAAAGGCUACAAGUCCACCAAUCAGUUCUUUGUGAAGCGACCAGAUUCCCAAAUUUACGAGUCGCGGCACCAAGCGCUCAAGGACGCUGAGGAGCCGGUAGCAGACGCUGUAGAGGCAAUGAGGCGGAUAGUCGCGGCAGAGCUCGCCGCGCCGUCCGAGCAGCUGCAGGUCUCCAGCUCGGAGGGCAGGGAGAGCAGCCCGGCGAGCUCCUCCGCGAAGAAGCGUUUGCGCUUGUCCAAGCCCGAGCCAAAUGGGCGCCCCACAAAGGAGUUGAAGAGACACGCUUCCGUUGCUUCGAUCGCUUCGUCCAGCGAAGGAAUUCCGACCCUGGACUGA